AUGGCUGAGGUACUUUCUUCGAAUGGUAUCACUAACGACAGAGAAAAGAAACAUGUUAUCGUUAACUAUCUGCCAGGAGACAUCACAGAAGUUUUACUUCAAGCCAUGUUUGCUUCUUGUGGUGCUAUAACUGGAGUUCGCCUUAUGCGAGACAAAAGCGGAGUUAGUCUUGGUUAUGCGUUCGUAAACUACAGCAAUGAAGUUGACGCAGCGAGAGCCAUUGAAAGAUUUGAUGGGCAUCAAAUGGGUGCUAAAAAAAUACGGGUUAGUUAUGCUAGGCCAUCGUCUGAGGAGAUCAAGAAUGCGAAUCUUUACAUCGCCGGUUUACCGAAAUCUACUAGCGAGGACGAACUGAGAGCGUGGUUUAGCGUUUAUGGGACUAUAAUUUCUUCAAAAGUUUUGACAUUAGAAACUGGUGAAAGUCGUGGCGUUGGGUUUAUUCGUUUUGACAAGCGCUCCGAGGCACAAGAAGCAAUCGAUUCCUUGAAUGGUAAGAAAUUACUAGAUGGAACUAAUUUGGUUGUUCGCUUUGCAAAUCCACCGAAAGGAACUCAAACGCCGCAAGUAUCUCCUAAUAUAUCGCAGGGCCCGAUGGUUGGAAACGAACCUCUAAGACCAGCAUUAAAUCACGGAGGAAUCGGCCCUAUUCGUCACGAAUCUCCAAAUCACCGCUUCUCGCCUUUCGGUCAGGUUCCGCCACGACCAAACGACGUUAGACAACCUUUCAACAUGAACUCAUUUCCCGAGCCCCAGAACUGUCCUUGUGUCUUCGUGUAUGGCUUACCACAACAAAAGGAGGACAAAGAACCUUUAAAUGAGUUACUUUUGUAUCGUCUGUUUUCCCCACACGGCGCCAUUUUGUCCAUACAUGCAAAGGAAGGCAGUGCUUAUGCGUUUGUGAACAUGAUGAAAUAUGAGGAAGCCGUGAAAGCAGUUGGGAACUUGAAUGGUUAUUACCUUCAGCAGCAUAACACACAUCUACAGGUGUCAUUUAAAAAGAAUAAACCCCAGUAGGUAGGAAAGACGUUACUGUUCACCGCAAAGAGUACAGACGCAGUGCAUGUCACUCAGUUGACUCACUCACACAGUUCAUGCUUUCAUGCAUGAUAGUUGAAUAGGCCUGAUAUUACUAACCUCGGUUAGUAAUACAGGCUACUCUCUCUUAACGGACACCUCUAUAAGACGGACACCUCUGUAAAAUGGACACUCAGAGUUGGUCCCUGCCUUUCUUUACUUCCUGUAUUUGACUCUCCAUAAGACGGACAUCUCUCUAAGACGGACACAUACUGCAGGCCCCCGAGGUGUCCGUCUUAGAAGGAGUUGACUGUAUCUGCGAGGCAGUGCCAGAUCCUUGUUCAGGGCCCCCAUGGACUCAACAAAUUACUGGAAGAGCAUUUCGAAUUUCCCUUCAACCUGAUUUGCAAAUUGACAAUGGCUUUUUUAACUGGCCAGUCAUGGCCCAUACUUGAGUCCUGGCACACUGGGUGGGGAGGACAAGGAUUUUGGUACUGUUUUGAUGACGAACUUAACCAGGCCCAGGUUGUUCAAACAUUGGAUAGUGCUAUCCACUGGAUAAAUCACUAUCCAGCAGCUAAGUAUUAUAGAACCAAUUGUGCUAUCCAAUGGAUAGUGAUUUGUCCAGUGGAUAGUGUUAUCCACCCUUUGAACAAUAUUAUUGGAGCCAGAAGUUUAGUUCUGUAUGUGGCGUAGGCUAUUGCUGAAUGUGAGUGUCAGAUACUGUAUUUCCUCAAAUAAGUGAGUGUUUUUUUCAUAUAAAGUAAUAAAUUAAAGGAUGGGUGCUUAUUCAAAGGAGGGUGCUUAAUCAAGGGGGUGCUCAUUACUUUUUCCUUGAAACAAACUAGAGAAUAGUCUAGCUGUUCCUGGGAAGUUUACGACAUUUACCAAGAGUGCAGCAAGAAAACAAAAAUUGAAAGAGGCAUAUGGAUAGAGAAAUAACUGAAGGAAGAGAAACUAUUCUCCUUUACUAAUCCCGCUGUAGUCGACGGCUAAAUGGUUAUAACUAAAGUGGCAAUAGACGCUGGUUAUUCUUGUAUUCCUAUUGUUCCAGAAAGUGAGGGGGAGGAGAGGGGGCACUUCUUUGAUAUUAUGGCCUUGAGGGUGGGUAUUUAUUAGAGCAUAGGCCCUUAUUCAAGGAAAUACAGUAUUAUCUGACACUCAGAUUUUGCUAUCAUUAAAGCAGAAACUAUCCCAAUUACGUCGUUGCAAGCAGAACAAGCGGAAAUUCUAUUUAAAUGAAUUAAUUCUUUAAGUGCAUAAUACAGUUAUAUAACAAUGAUCGGUAGAUACCAUGUUUUGACAGCUGUCAAUAUUGAUCAUAACGUCGAUGCCCAAUAUCAAGUUUAGCACCAAAAAUUUGUAUAAGCCUCAGACUUUUAACCUUUUAAGACAUUUCACAUUGGGGAACAUGAAGGGGCGGAUGUAUGUACCGAUGAAUUUUGUCAAAAUCAAAAUUUUUUGAAUACAUAGAUAACCAAAUUUCUUACCUCCGCUACGUGCAAGAACUCCACUAUGGUGUUGCCAUUUAAAUGAAGCCUUGUUAGCAGAACUAUUGCAUAGUACUAUUUUGGAAUUUUUGGAAAUUUCUUUUGAGUUCUACUGAAAAGGUUUAAGCAUGCUGUAUUGCCUGUGCUACAUCUAUAAGAAGUUUGUUAACCUGCAAUCGGGCUAAUUUUUGUAUCCUUGAAUAAGACAUAGCUUUUAAUCUGCAUAAGGGAAUCCAAGAGUAACUAUGCCUUUACAACCCUCCAAGUUAAAGUUUUUGCUCAGUCGCCAUUUGGCAACCAACUCUUUUGGUUUAGGGAUACUUUUUACAAAUCAAUUCGCCAGCUCCAAAAUUUUAGGCACCAUGGCGACCAAAAUGGUUGCAUCUUGAAGGGUUGCUUUAGGGCUAAGUACACUUGAGGGGUCAUUACUUUGCAGGAUUCUAUUUAUGUUACUUUAAGGAUUAACUUAACUGACAAAUUGUCAGUUUCAAGUAGAUUUCUCUGCAUGUGGCACAAAAUCUGCUAUCUCACCUCUCCAUGCAUUUCUGGCCAAUUUUUUUGUUGUUAUCUUCGGUGACACAGUACAAAGAAAAGAGGAAAUCCUUUAAAGGGCUUUUGGGCAGUCGGUCCUUAGUUUCAGGAUUUCUUAGCCAGCAUGAAUGAUUAGUGUUACUUUUAAGGAGUUUUGUAUUAUUUAAAAAUAACCUUUAAGGUGUAAAAACACUGUAAUGCUAUGGCUUGAUUACAAUUUGCAGAGACAAGCAAGGUGUGAUAAGUUGUAAAACCUGUUAUUGUAUGUCAGACACUGCAAAAGUAUAAAAUAAUGUUUAUCUGUAACUUACAACUGGAUUUUUGUAGUGUUAUCUACAACUAACUUGACCCAUGGGAGCAGAGGUUAUUGUUGCAUUGCAGUUAGCUUUACUGCGCUUUUCACAAAUGUGAACUCUAAAGUUCAAAAGCGGUGUUCACAAUUAAGUUUUUCGCUGCCGUCGAUCAUAAUUAUUAUGAUCGCAAGCAACGAACCUUGAAACACAGAAACACACAAAACGGAUUGAAAUCCACUAAUCACAGAUCACAAACCAUGACCUUUUGAACCUGUUUAAGUAAAGUUCUGUUUCCUAAGAGGUCUGCUAAGAUGAUUGAGGGCAGCGAAAGACACAAAUGUCAGUUGGGUUUUGAACUUCAGAGUUUGCGUGUCUUUAAAAAGCGCAGUAAGGAGCUAUGUCACAAAUAUAUUGCUCUUGUAGGAAAAUUCUGUACUGAAAUCAUCACUUAGCGCCUUAACCCGUACACGGUAGAGUUAAGAAAAUAUCAAACAAAUUUCAUUAUUCGAGGAGCACUAACUGUAAUAAUUUAUUAUCUUUUUAUUGGUUAUUGCAGGCACAGUAUUGAACUUGAAAAGAUUGACCCAAAUUUUCAAGUUUCAAUCCCUGUCUAACCUUGCCAUCCAUUGCAUUAGAUGAUAGGAAACAGUUUCAAUGCAUAAUAUAGUCUGAAUUAUAAGACUGGACCAUUAUUAAUUUUUGAAAUUCAAUUGAAUGCGAAAAUCGUUCUAGCUUUUUAAAAUAGAGGGCAGAUAGUUUGACAUAACCCCCUUUAAAAAAAUUAUGCUUUUCAGUUUUCACAUCAGCAUUGUAAGCAUGCAGUUUCUGCAGUCUCAUUGUAAAUGUCAGAAAUUUUGGCUAUAGUUCUUAAAAACCUAGUGGGGGACUCCUAGAUGAAAAUGCUGAAAAUGCGUGGCAUCUUGCUUAGGGAAGUUAAGGUGGAUUUGGCUGUCACUUGAGAUUUUCACGACAGAAAGCCAAUAUUUCACCGUUGAAGGUAGGGCUUAAGGUUGUGCAUAAAGAAAUAUCUAUGGAAAAUGUCAUACUUGGAGUGACCUUGCGGUUAACACCUCAGACUCCAGAUCUGGGGGUCCGGGGUUCAAGCCUCACCCAUCGCGUUGUUUCCUGAGGAUGUGUGCAAACGGACGCAACAUUGUUAAAUGUUACAUGUUGCGUCCGUUUGCACACCGUGUUGCAUGUUGUCGGAUGUUAUUGCUUGUUGUUGCGCCAAGUUUGAAACCAGUCAAACUUUUCAGUCAACAACUCCCAACAUUUCUUUUGUUCCGUGAUCGCCGAAGCAUAGCGCAACAAUGUUGGAUUCGUUUGCACAGCUCUUCCAACAUUGUUGGGGCCACGCACGCUCAUUAUGCACCGUUUACAAAGACUUAUAGGUUGUAUCCUUCCCACGAUGCACUGCAGGUCCCAACAUUGUUGGGAGUUGUUGCAUCCGUUUGCACACCACUACCAACACGCACGCAACAAUUCCCAACAUUGUUGGCGCAACAAUGUUGGGAGUUGUUGCGUCCGUUUGCAUGCAGCCUUAGACAGAGCUGGAAUUAGGGGCCGUAACCCAUAACACCUGUUAUGGCUGAAAACACUUGAUGUUACCUUACUGUGUUGGACUAUGGUCUCCUUUAGGGAUCAAUACAGCCUUCAAGCCAUGCACAGAUUCAGUGCCGGAUCCAGACUUUGAGAUGAGGCAGGGGGAGCGGUCAUCCAGACCCUUAGAUAAGGGGGAAGAAGGGGGGGUUUCCAAAAAAAUUUUUUUUGGCCCCCGGGCCCCUCCGCUGGAUCUGCCACUGCAGAUUGGUAGCCUCUAAGGAUUUAAUUACCAAUGAGAAUCCCUGUCUAUUUCAGAUGGAAGUCCCCCGGGGGGAAUGUGCCGCUGGGACCCUGAAACCCUACCUAGUUCGAUUUAGGUAAACUUUUCUACCCUAUACUAGACUAAACUCCCAAAACCGCCCCCUAUCCUUGAUUCGACAUUUUUCAGAAAUAACUGAAUUCGACACUUUCUUUGUUAUUAAAUUGUAUUGCAGGUAAGUUUGAAUUCCCUAUCUUAUUAUUUAGUGUCAAUUCCUGGUUUCCAUAGUCUAGACUAAAAUCUUCAUCCACUUGAUCAGUUUCCUGGAGAAUGGUACUCGCUGACUCACCCUGUUUUAGGAAAUCCAAGACAGUCUUGGAUUCUGGAUUCCAGGCCUUAGAUUCCAGAUUCCUGGUGUUGGAUUCCAAUCUUUGUCAAUAGAACUUGGAUUCUGGCUUCCAAGCAUUGUUGGGAUUCCAGAUUCCUUGAGCUGUAUUCCGAAUUCCACAACCAAAUUUUUCACGAUUCCGGAAUCCGGAUUGGGUGACUCCGACUGGAUCAUGAAGAAAAGUGGGGGAUAAAUUUGCAUACUUCGCGCCUUUUUUCGAACUACACAUGCGCAUCCCCUCCCCCCACCCCACAUAUACAAUGUUCAAUCCGUGUAUUCACAAUUUUUCCGCACGUUCAACAUUGUAUCGGGUGGGAGGAGGGGAAACUGCAAGUCAUUUGCGUAGAAAACAGCACUGCUUCUUAGGAAAGCAAUCCACAAAAUUACAGGUAAUUUCAAAUACUACUUGAUAACGUCCAGGACUGCAGCCUGGCGAGAAACCUCAAAUCGCUUUCGUCUUCGUGUUUUGUUAUUAAUUUUUAUACUCGAAAGUUAAACUUAGGAAGGACACUUUUUGUUUUUGUCAUUAUAUUUUUUUCCUUUUUCGGCGAUGGCCAGUUUCCUUCAUUUUGAGUCAACCCAUUUCCGUUUUAAUCGGCUCCUGCUUAUUAGAAAAUCUAAUUUUACGAUAUUGAAAACAACGCGGAGAAAGUAAUAAAAAGUAAUAAAGAAAAUGACUUAAAAUCAUUAAAUAUUAGGUAAAUGGAAAAAAACAAGUUUGUGUACAAACCGGACAUGCUUGCUCCGCUACAAUAAUUGAAGAAUAUCCACAUACCUCCUGAUAAUUAACAUAAAUAUUUAAUUUGUCGCUUCAAAUUUUAGAAAAUAAAACCUUUACUGCAAAGGCAGAACAGUUUUGGGUCUGAAAUAAUAGUAAACAUUUACACAAAAUAAAAAUACUAACGAAAUAGAAAGGUACUGUUCCUUUGUCACGCACACCUUGCGGACCUAUUAAUUUUUGCUAUGGGUUUCUCAGUAUUCCCUCUGAUUUUCUUAAAAUGUUUAACAGGGUUAUAUUCAUACCUAUGGCUCAGAAAAGAAUUCGCAGACCCCCUUCUCAAAAGUUUCAAACCUCAGUUUUUAUUUAUUUUUCCAUUUGCCUUGCCCUGGGUGAUAAUUCUUGAGACAAAGAAUUGCCGCCUUUAAGGAGCAGUUUUACCCUUUCAUCCGGCCAAAAUAUUCAUCUAAGCCGUUAAGUUUUUUUACGAUGAAAUAAUGGGCCCUCUUUUGUUGGAAGGAGAAAAUGAAGGCUAUAGUUUCUUUAUAGAGAGCGAAAAAUACCGCACAGAGAAAUGACGGCUGCCAGGCCGACAGACGCUACGCGUUGAUUAACCCAUUGUCUUGUAUCGCACUUAAUGGGUGCGGCCUUUAAAUAUUUUUCGCCGAGAAAAGCUUGCUUUAAGACCGCUUGGCCGAGAAAACACCUUUUAAUGCGAAGGAUUAAAAUACUCCUUAAAGAAAAAAUCAUUGAUAAAUAAUUCUUGACACUUACUAGUUUUUCUUCACCGAAAGGAAUACAAGAUAUAUUUCAUCAAAUUUUUUUGAAGUUUUAGCACGCGAAUAAUAUACCAUGCCAGAACGUAUCUCUUUUGCCCGCGGUACUGAUGAGUUCUAACGAGUAAUUACGUUUGGAAGCCGAAUAAUUUCUUUCACCCGUUAAUAGCCGUCCAUUUUUCCGAGAUGUGAAAAAGUCACCUUCUACCUCAGUAAUUGCAAGCUGCAUCGUACUAAAGUCCGGAGUUCAUUUGGCCCAAACGUCCAAUCUUUUAUGCGUCUUCACUUCCAACUAAUCUGACAAACUGACUUAAUUAUAGCGUUCGGCAAAACAAAGGCAAGCUAACAUAAUUCUCCCGUCAUUAAGCCCUAUUUUGUCCGGAUGAAUUGGCUUAGAAAUGUAAAAGAAAAACCUUAAUGAAGUCUUCCGAGGAAAACAAAAGCCAUUCACAGUUUCAUUUACUACCGAAAGAUUAUUUUUCCUUUUCACUGCCGAACGGAUUUGGGCGAGGAAUUAUCAUUUUUAGACCAAUUUUUGGCUAAAUUCAAAAAAGACUGUAAUCUCCUACAACACAAAAAAUCUAUUUGUAUCAUGGUGGUGUAAAUUUCAAGUUCCGUUUUUUAUUUUCUUGUUAUGGCGCUCGGAGCAAAAUUUUCCUCUCAUGCAAUACCGAUUCAUUUGAUAAGAAUCCAUUGAUUAGGCAGAAAAAUAGGAGUUUAAGCCAAUAGAUGUUUUUUUCGCAUAAUUACCUUGUAAGUCUGCGAGAGUCGAAAGCAAUUGUUGGACGAACUAAGUUCUAAUGAAACAUCAUUGUCAAGCGUUUCUUUACAAUUCCGGCGAAAACAAUUAACUUAACAGAGUGAUCGUUCUCUUCGAGGAAGAACAAGCGACAUAGAAUUCAGGUCAAUCGUUUUCUUUUUUUAUACUUUAUCCGGCAAAGUCUCAAGUGCGUCAAGACAGUUUUUUUGCUAAACUGUACGUUUCCGCAUUGGUUUCAAGCUAAUUACGUCAGUUUUGUUUGGACAAAGGAGCUGUGGAGUUCGCCGUCAAAUUUUCUUGCUACAGAAGCCGCAUUUACAAGAUUUCAGUUGUUGACUUGAGCAGUGAUGACUCGUCCAAGAAAACGAGCGUACGAAAACUCAGAUAUUUCAUCAACCCGAAGUGUUUCAAAAGAUGACUUGAUUAUUCUCCAACCUGCCUGUAAGCUGCAAGAUCUGAAAAUUCAGGACACGAUUGAAGAGGUACUGAGAACAAAUUUGCGCGAUGUGAGUUUCGCUUCCUGGAACAGCGAAGCUCGAUGCGAUGCUCUCAGUAAAAUUAUCCAACAGAAACUAUGUGGCAUUCAACACCAGUUUUCUGACCUAGCAGUGGUCGUUCUAAUAGGUGGUGUGGACGAUACAGGAAUUGUCAAAGCUUCUCACAAAGUCUGGAAGCCGGAGUAUGACAGUUUCGCUUCAGCAUGGUACAAAAAUGACUCUCUUUUUGCUGUGGGCACAGUCUUUGCUACUUACGCCACAAGAAAUAUUUGA